AUGAACGAUCUGUCGAAAUUACAAUACAAUGGACCAGAACAGCCACUUGACAAAUACCCGACAUUGGAAGAUAUCGAAGAUAUUGCUGAAGCAUUGCAAGAUGAAGAAACGGACGCGUGGACCGAUUAUGAUGAAGAUGAUGAUAUGGAAUUUGCGGAAGAGGAAGAGAAAGAAGCAGUAUCAGAAGAUAAAUUUGAAGCCGUGAAGGAAAAAAGAAAAGACGUCGAAGCGGAAUCAGAAAUAAUUGAUGAGACUGAUAUAUUGGCUAAUUUUAUGAUGGAAUUUGAAGCGAGAAAGACGAAGAAAUUGGUGACCAAGGUUGAAGAGACGAAGAAACAGCUGCGGCAUCUGAUCCGUUAUGCAAGACAGGUUGAACGGAAGAAAGAUGAUGAUGCGUCUGAGGAGACACCAAUCACGCCAGAAGCCGAAGAUAUUGAGAGUGACCGAGUGUCUACUGAGAGUUCUAUUCAUCCAUGUUUGCGCGGGAUAGACGUCAGCGAUUCUCAGCUGAAACUAGUGAAUCCGUACACAGUAUAUCGAAUUCCAAACGAUCCAGGAUUGUUACCAGCUUUCUGGCUGUUACGCGAAAACCCGCCAAUUUAUAGCACGGACGGUAUACAGAAAUUCUACGACACGGUAAAACGCACAGGUUUGAAACCGAUUGGUUCAUUGAAGGAUAUGUUCUUAACCGAUCAAUUAAAUCUGCGGUAUUAUGGACUCGAGUCACCAGUAAUGAAAGCGAUCUGCGAGGCUUUGGUUGACAAUACUUUCGUACGGAAACUGGAUUUAAAGGACAAUAAAUUGUCCUCGGAUGCGUGCAAAUAUCUAAACAAUUUAUUGCUCAAAAACAACACGAUAACUGACUUGUCAUUAUCGGGUUGCCGAAUUGGUACAAAAGGCGUACAAAAAUUAUGCGACGCAAUAUCCGAAAAUGUAAGUCUGAAGACGCUUGAUCUUAGUAGCUGUGAUAUCGGAAAUGAAGGCUUCGAAUAUGUCGCAUACGCAUUAUCUAAUAAUCAAGACUUGGAAAGCGUUAAUCUAUCCAAUAAUCAUUUAGACGAGAUAUGCUCGGAAAAUCUGCAGGAUCUGCUCUCGCACUCCAAAAGCUUGAUGCACCUAGACCUAUCUUGGAAUUCUCUAUAUAAUGUAAAAAUUUGGAAAGCUCUGGUCGACGGAUUAAAAAAAAAUCAAACACUGUGUUCUUUGAAUUUAUCUUGGAACGGACUUGAAAGCCACUCCGUUCCUUACAUUUAUAAUUUAUUAUCACGUUUGCAGAAUAUCGAAAAGCUGGAUUUAAGUUGGAAUAUAUUUACCGAGGCUGAUGCUGCAAUUAUCGCAAAAGCUCUAUCAAAAAAUAGUACGCUCCAGGAAUUAUAUCUCGGAAACAACCCUUUAGGAGCAAAAGGUGCUUCAGCUUUGAUUCAUGAAAUCACACCCCAUUUAUCACCUAACAGUGGUUUACGCAUGCUUGACUUGGAGAAUGUAUGGGCAAAUAAGGCUGUUCUAUAUGAUCUGGAGAUAAUUGAAAAGUUCAGACCAUGGGUCAUAAUCAAAUUAGGUGGUAUUUUGAGCAAUUAUCAGCUUUAUGGACCAAAUAUUAGGAAAAUACUCGUGGAAAGAGCGAAUUACGAAGCAAUGAUGCCAAAACAAAAAAGACUACGGCGCAACUUUGGGCAUUUUGUGAUAUCGCUAACAGACAAAAAAGUACCGCAAGCACAAUUUAUGAAGCUAGUGCAGAUGUUUAAGUUAAAGCUUUCAAUGUCACUGGUCAAUGAGAUUAUGAAUGCAUUCAAGGGACCGCAUAACACUGUCGAUCAGGAACAGUUAAAAUCAUUUUAUUUAGAAGAAUAUCCAGAAACAAUAGCUGCAGUACCAAAAUUGAAGAAGAAAUUUAAAGACACUAAAUAG